AUGGUUAAACGUCCUGCUGAGUCCUACCUAUCUGGCAGGCAAUCUGAGUAUACAUUGAUCGCUGUGGGCACAGUAAGUCCUAUCUAUGCGAUUAAUAGCCAUUCUGUCAUAAAACGCCGCCCCGAGUCUUCGGACGAUUUUGCUUGUCAAGCCUACAACAUCGAAGUCCGCGCUUACGAACGGUUGGGUGACCAUCCCCGAAUCGCGAAUAUACGGAAAAUUACGGAGGAUGGUAUAGUUAUAGAACGAGGUGAAUGCCUGCGCCAGAAGAUCCAGAGCCAGAAAUUGAAGACGGCAAUUCGGACAAAGCUCCGUUGGGCCCAAGAGGCCGCAGAGGGUUUGCGCUACAUACAUACUAAGAAUAUUAUCCAUGCGGAUGUUGGCUGUCAUAAUCUACUUCUGGACCAGUCAGGCCACAUAAAGUUUAUUGACUUUGCUGGCUCUGGUAUCGACGGGGAAGCUGCAACAGUAUGCUACGAAUGGUGUAGCUAUCGGCCAGGGUCUGAUCCAGAUAUAAAAACAGAUAUAUUCGCCUUCGGUUCGACACUAUUCGAAAUAGAAACUGGUGAGAAGCCUUACCAAGAAUUGGAGAAGACACUUGGGGCUGGAAAAUUGAUGAGAAGGGUGGAGCAUCUUUUUGCCAUGGGGGAAUAUCCGAGAGUGGACAUGCUUGUACUUGGUGGCGUUAUUCUGCGUUGCUGGAAUGGGGACUACUGCUCGAUGGAUGACGUUUCUCGAGACAUAGGCGCUAAUACACGGGUUCACAUAAUGCUACGCCAAGUACCGCAGCUAUAG